UGCUCUAAUCUUGUUCCCUUAGUAGUUCUCUAUUUUCACACUCCAUUCGCUGCAAACACCAAAUCCCACUUGUACAUAAUAAAGUAGAUGACUUUAUUCUUAGCUCUUCUCUUCCUUGCCUCAACUCGUUUUUAGACUCAACCAUUACCUUUUCCUUUUUCAUCACUCUUUCUUGAAGGUAUCAUUUUCUUGCUUUGUUUCUCUUGAUACCUAAUUUAUGACCCUUCAAGAUUUAAACUUUUGUUCUUGAAUUUUUUAUCUUCGCGCUCUGUUUUGUUGCAGAGAAAGAUAAUCAGAAUUAACAAAUAUGAAGAGUGCUGGGAGGAUGGGAAUCAACUAUAUGCAGAAACUGCAUGCAUCAAAUGUUCCAAAAGAAUUGGUGGAAAAAGGACAGAAUCGUGUUAUAGAGGCAUCUCUUACACUUAUUCGUGAAAGAGCAAAACUUAAGGGAGAGCUUGUUCGUGCUCUUGGAGGUGCUGUAGCCUCGACGUCUCUUCUUGGAGUUCCUCUGGGACAUAACUCUUCAUUUCUCCAGGGGCCAGCAUUUGCCCCUCCUCGUAUACGAGAGGCUAUCUGGUGUGGCAGUACAAACUCCACAACUGAGGAAGGAAAAGAACUAAAUGAUCCACGCGUCUUAACUGAUGUUGGUGAUGUGCCAGUUCAAGAGUUACGAGAUGCAGGCGUAGAUGAUGAUAGCUUGAUGAGUAUCAUAAGUGAAUCUGUCAAGCUAGUUAUGGAGGAGAAUCCAUUGCGCCCCUUGGUGCUAGGGGGUGAUCACUCCAUAUCCUAUCCUGUUGUAAGAGCCGUGUCUGAAAAGCUUGGAGGACCUAUUGAUAUCCUUCACCUUGAUGCUCAUCCUGACAUUUAUCAUGCCUUUGAAGGAAACAAAUAUUCACAUGCAUCAAGCUUUGCCCGAAUAAUGGAGGGUGGUUAUGCUCGACGGCUUCUGCAAGUCGGAAUCAGGUCAAUUAAUAAAGAAGGUCGCGAACAAGGAAAAAGGUUCGGCGUGGAACAAUAUGAAAUGCGAACAUUUUCCCGAGACCGCCAAUUUUUGGAGAAUCUGAAACUUGGUGAAGGUGUGAAGGGCGUGUAUAUCUCUGUGGAUCUUGACUGUAUGGAUCCAGCAUUUGCUCCUGGAGUAUCUCAUAUAGAGCCAGGCGGUCUCUCUUUCCGUGAUGUUCUAAACAUACUGCAUAACCUUCAAGCUGAUGUUGUUGGUGCUGAUGUUGUUGAGUUCAACCCACAGCGUGAUACUGUUGAUGGUAUGACGGCAAUGGUUGCUGCCAAGCUGGUAAGAGAACUUACUGCCAAGAUAUCCAAGUGACUGCACAAGUUAUUCUAAAUUUAUGAAGGAAGCAGUACUAUGCGUCCUAUAGAGACGGCUAGAUUUAUUCUCAUCUUUACUGGGAAGUUUGACAGAAGAUAAGCACCAAAGAAAGUGUUUGUUCACCUUAUUGUAGCACUAAAAGCAGAUUAGAACUUGAAAUGGAAGUAUUAGGUAGGCCUGGUAGAUUCUCAGUUUCCUAUUGCAAGAUUGAAUUGGGCAAUGGGGAUUAUUUCAUGUCAUUUAUUGGUAUUAUCUGUAAACUUACCUCUCAAAAUAAAGUUAUCUUCGCGGAGUUCCUUAUGA